AUGUUACGUUGUUCAACAAGUAGAGUGCUGUCGGUGUUAGAAAGCCCCUGUGCCUCCCGUCUUCCAACUAGAACAUUUAGUCAUGCACGGGUUAUGCUCUCCGGUCACAACAAAUGGUCCACUAUUAAGCAUGACAAGGCCAAGAACGAUGCUGAGAAGAACAAAUUGAUCAACAAAUUUGCGAGCCAAGUUACCAUUGCAGUUAAGAGUGGUGGAAGCGGUGACCCGGCCAUGAAUAUCAGGCUGCAGUCUGCCAUUGACCUUGCAUUUAAAAACAAUGUUCCUAAGAAAGUCAUUGAAGGUGCAAUUAACAGGGGUCUGGGUAUUGGUGGUGAGAAGAACUCCUCAGAAGUGUGUGUCUACGAGGGUAUAGGGCCUGGAGGGGUUGCCUACGUGGUAGAAUGUCUCACGGAUAACAAGAACAGAAGCAUCGCCCUGGUGAGGUCUGCGUUCAACAAGAUUGGGGGGUCGAUGACUCCCACACUUUACUUUUUUGAGAGGAAAGGUUAUCUGGUCGUUGAAUCGCCUAAAGAGUUGACUUCUGAGGAUGACGUACUGGACGCGGUGCUUGAGAUAGACGGUGUUGAAGAUAUCAAGCUGGUGGAAGAAGAGGAGAGCAAUGUGAGCGACACAGACGAGGAACCAGGAGCCAAAUACGAUGUUAUCACGGAGGUCCAGAUGAACAACAAAGCAGCGAACGCGUUCAAGGAGAAAGGUUUCAAGAUACAUGAGAUGGGCCUCGAAUACAUCCCAAAUCCGGAUACAACAGUGCAGGUCACAGACGAAGAAGUGCUAGCAAAGAUCGAAAAGCUGACAAAUACCCUCGAAGAGCUGGAUGACGUUACAUCCGUCUACACCAACAUCUCAGAGUAA